UGGCGGGCUAGUGUAUAGUAGCUGGGGCUGGGCAGCCCCUGCAUAUGGCCAUCAAUUUAGGCCGAGAAUUAAGCUGCUGUACCUAGUGGCUAUGACGUCUAAAAAUCAGUUGAAUAAAAGAGCUGCUCACCGCACUGUAUCAGUAGGUGAUUCACUGUAUGUGUGGGCUGGUGCCCAGGAUGGUUUACCCAAAAUACAUGAUAGUGAAGAGAAGAGAAGGAUCACUGGUAAUGUACAGCACUUUACUCCUUCAACUGGUCAAUGGAUCACUAGAGGUACUACUGGCACUCCUCCAUUAGGAGUGAAAUCGUACUGCUGUACUGUAAUAAAUGAUCAAUUGUAUUAUUUUGGGGGCUUUUGUGGCCAUGAUGACUGCUAUCACAACAGUAUUAUACAACUGGAUACCGCUAGUUUUCAAUGGAGAGAAUUAGAAGCGACUGAUGCAACUAGACCAGUUAUGAUGAGGGGUAGUGGUGUAAUGAUAUCAUUUGAACAUGAUGGAGUGCACCAUUUAUUGAUGAUAGGAGGGGCAGGAUCUAAACCAGCGGUACAACUACCUCAUUAUAAAUAUAUUAAGUUAUCUAAUAGAGACUGGCGUACUAAUGAGCACUCGAUAUAUAAUCUGUCGUCAAGAAAAUGGAGUAAUCCUUUAAUCAUUGGUCAGUGUAUACCAUCUGCUAGUGGCUUUAUCAUUGAAAAGAUCAAUAACACGAGAGCUGUACUGUUUGGUGGAGUAGAGAUUGAUGGUGAUAAUAAGGCUACUAUUACUAACAAGAUUUAUAUAUUAGAGAUAUCGAUCAGCAGUGUGGUAUGUUAAAUUAUGUGUACUGAA